AUGCUGAAUGGAAUGAUGUCACUGGGUGUUCUGCUGGUGCUCCUGUUCUUUAAGCAUGUUACUGCAGACAGCUCAGGUAAAGGGUUGAUUGUCUUAUUCACGUUUAGGUGAAGGAAUGAGAGCUCCACUCAGAAUAUUGCUGCUUGCUUUAUUCCUGCACCCAAAACAGCCAUGUUCCGUGUGCGGACGUCUCGUUCCUUUAUCUCACUGUAUUAUGUAUUAAUUGCCCAGCACUUGUAUUCUCAAGUUUAGGAUGAUUUAUUGCCAAUGUUUCAAUUCUGGAGAGAGAGAUUAGCUUUCAUCCCAAAUGGCUUCCUAAUCCCUAUAUAGUGCACUACUUUUGACCACAGCCUAUGGUUAUCACAAGGGACGGUUCUACAUUUACAGAACGGGGACCUGGAGGAAAAUGGGGGAGGGCCAUGCUUUUUAAAUCUCAGUGAAGGGGAUGUUUUUUGUGUUUUGUUUUUUUACAUCUAGUCCAGAGGAGGAUCAUGUAAUUUGUAAUUGAUGACAUUUCAACAUUUGUCAGUGUUUUAGAAUUAGUUGCUUAUUAGGUUAUAUCUCGAUGUGUGCCCGAUGCCACCCCUCAGUUCUGAUUCUCCACUGGCCGCAAAAUAUUAAGUUCGCCUACAGGCUUUUUAGUGUGGUCUCAAUCAAAUGAUCCAUAGUUUAUAGACUUAUAGGCCUAGGCUAUACGAAGUGCAUGCUCUGAGAGGCACAGAGCAAAGUUAUAUUUCUAAGAAAAUGUACUUCCUUCCCAAGUCUUUUGCGCUGCUGGGAUGGUGUAAAUAAAACUAGGCUGCAUUACACUGUAAUCAAUGGAGGCUGCUGAGGGGAGGACGGCUCAUAAUAAUGGCUGGAAUGGAGUAAAUGGUUGGAAUGGAGUGAAUGGAAUGGUAUCAAACUCAUGAGAAAAAAAAAAACAUUUUAGAUACCAUUACAUUUACUCCAUUCCGGCCAUUUUUAUGAGCUGUCCUCGCCUCAUCAGGCUCCACUGGCUGUAAGGUUUUUUUUGUGGUGCCUAACCAAUGUCUGUGCUGUGUACGGUGGCAGUAAUUCAUUUCAGCCGUCUUCAUUUUAAUUAGACUUAACUAACAACAAGAGGGCUUUUUGAUGGAGCCUAUUUCUUCCUAUUUAAACUAUCUGUCCAGUGUUCCAGAUUUCUAUGAAAUAUUCCCCUAAAAUGAAUUACAAUAUGAAAUAAAUAGCUAAACGUCCGUACAAAUAAAUAUAAUUAAUGAUGUUAAAAAGCAGCUUUUUUUUUUGUUUCUCCUGCUUGGCCUGUUAGGAAACAACAGUAAGUCAGUAAGUCGCUCUGGAUAAGAGCGUCUGCUAAAUGACUAAAAUGUAAAUGUAAAUGUAAACAGAGUGGUUUGGGUGUAUACUGGUCAAAAUCAGCUGAUUUGACAGCUGUGAUUGGCUGGCUGGCUUUAGAACUAUGGAGCGUGCCACUGCAGGGAGGGAACACUGAACAGCUAUGAAAUUAUUGUUAUUUUCAAAUACAAAUCUCUUUUUGUGGUCAAUUUGCCCAUGGCUGAAUCUAGUUGCCUAACCCUGCUGCAUGCGUUUGUCCGAGAAUGUUAUUUAUGUCCCUUAUCAACUGAGGUGAAUGAAGUGACAGUAACCAAGGUGAUGACGGCUGGAGUAAUUCUUGCUUGUUUUUGCUGUUCUCCAAAUAUCAUUUUAAAGCUUUUUUUUUAUUGUGUAGAAAUGCAGUAAAUAAGCUUCAAAAACUUCCUUGGAGGUAAAAAAAAUAGUUGCCACUGAACUUAUUUAACUUGAAUAUUUUCCCUAUGAUUUAUUUGAAUAAAUUAGGGCAGAUACAAAUUAACAGUUGAAACAGUUAUUCAAUACAAUGCAUUGUAGUUUAAGCCAAUUUUCAUCGCUAUUCAUGACACAAUUUGGUGAUUUCCCAUGGACACCCUUGACUGGUUCUUGGUCCCACCCUUGGCUUCCCCAUUUAAAAGAGUAUAGAAACACCCCUGAUAAGAGAACACCCCUUUUUGACAGACAAAAUUAUAGGCUGCUGGGAAAUUCCACGGUUUACGUUAAAAUGUAUGCCAAAAAAUAUAUAUAUAUUUCAAAGUUGAACAAACCAUACAACUCUAUGCAGAAUGACUACUUAAAACAAUUUACACAGACAUUUUUACAAAAACACAUUUACUGGAAGAACUGUGCAGAUGCAAAGUUUGGUAACAGAAUUUCAGUCAAAUCUACCUCCGUUUUUUAUGUGACCACGUUUUUCACAAACUCUGUGAAAUAUCAGCUCCGAAUAAAGAUUCAAAGAUUUGUAAAGAAGGAAUAGGGUGUCAGCUAUUAUAUGACUCCUUGGGUUUGAAAAAAUAUAUUUUGGUUAUUGAACUACAGUGAGUGAAGUGAAUUUACACCCGGUAACAGAAUUGAGGUAACGGAAUUUCAUCAUGGGUCCCUGAUCUGUACUACACAGAAAUACAUAAUUAUGGAUAUGAAUGUCAUUCUCUUCAUGGUGAUGUAUCAGGUACACAAAGGUGGAAAUAUGAUAUCCUCAUUUGCAUAUUGGGUAUUAUUCUACACACUGGUUAUUAUUUUAAUGAGCUCCGCCCCCAAACAAGACCAAAUUUGGACCGGACCAAAUCUGAACCAAUCAUAGACGUCAAUGUUAGACAAGUUUGGAUGUCAGCGGACAGCACAGUAGAGCUCAGUAGAGUACAGUACUGUACAGUACAAUACAUUAUGGCAACCAUGUUCUGUGUAUGUUUGAUGUGACGUUGAUGGAAUAUUCUCCUAACCCUCAGAAAACUAAUGUUGUACAGUGCAUUGGGAAAGUAUUCAGACCCCUUGACUUUUUCCACAUUUUGUUACGUUACAGCCUUAUUCUAAAAUGGAUUUGCUAUGAGACUCAAAAUUGAGCUCAGGUGCAUCCUGUUUCCAUUCACCAUGCUUGAGAUGUUUCUACAACUUGAUUGGAGUCCACCUGUGGUAAAUUCAAUUGAUUGGACAUUAAUUGUAAAGGCACACAACUGUCUAUAUAAGGUCCCACAAUUGACAGCGCAUGUCAGAGCAGAAAUCAAGCCACGAGGUCAAAGGAAUUGUCCGUAGAGCUUUGAGACAGGAUUGUGUCGAGACACAGAUCUGGGGAAGGGUACCAAAGCAUUUCUGCAGCAUUGAAGGUCCCCAAGAACACAGUGGCCUCCAUCAUUCUGAAAUGGAAGAGGUUUAGAACCACCAAGACUCUUCCUAGAGCUGGCCGCCCAGCCAAACUGAGCAAUCGGGGGAGAAGGGCCUUGGUCAGGGAGGUGACCAAGAACCCGAUGGUCACUCUGACAGAGCUCUAGAGUUCCUCUGUGGAGAUGGGAGAACCUUCCAGAAGGACAACCAUCUCUGCAGCACUCCACCAAUCAGGCCUUUAUGGUAGAGUGGCCAAACGGAAGCCACUCCUCAGUAAAAGGCACAUGACUGACCGCUUGGAAUUUGCCAAAAGGCACGUAAAGGACUCUCAGACCAUGAGAAACAAGAUUCUCUGGUCUGAUGAAACCAAGAUAGAACUAUUUGGCCUGAAUGCCAAGCGUCACGUCUGGAGGAAACCUGGCAUGCUACGGUGAAGCAUGAUGGUGGCAGCAUCAUGCUGUGGGGAUGUUUUUCAGCGGCAGGGACUUGGAGACUAGUCAGGAUUGAGGGAAAGAUGAACGGAGCAAAGUACAGAAAGCUCCUUGAUGAAAACCUGCUCCAGACCGCUCAGGAUCUCAGACUGGGGUGAAGGUUCACCUUCCAACAGGACUACGACCCUAAGCACACAGCAAAGACAAUUCAGGAGUGGCUUCGGGACAAGUUUCUGAAUGUUCUUGAGUGGCCCAGCCAGAGGCCGGACUUGAACCCGAUAGAACAUCUCUGGAGAUACCUGAAAAUAGCUGUGCAGCGAUGCUCCCCAUCCAACCUGAAAGAGCUUGAGAACAUAUGCAGAGAAAAAUGGGAGAAACUCCCCAAAUUCAGGUGUGCCAAGCUUGUAGCGUCAUACCCAAGAAGACUCGAGGCUGUAAUCGCUGCCAAAGGUGCUUCAACAAAGUACUGAGUAAAGGGUCUGAAUACUUAUGUAAAUGUGAUAUUUCAGUAUUUCUAAAAACCUAUUUUUGCUUUGUCAUUAUGGGGUAUUGUGUGUAGAUUGAUGAGGGGGAAAAACAAUUUAAUCAAUUUUUGAAUAAGGCUGUAAUGUAACAAAAUGUGGAAAAAGUCAAGGGGUCUGAAUACUUUCCGAAUGCACUGUAUAUUAUGAGAAAAUGGCAACCAUGUUCUGUGUAUGUUUGGUGGAACGUUGAUGGAAUAUUCUCCUAACCCACAGAAAACUGGUCACAUUAAUGUUCUAAAAUGCGUCUAGAACAUUAAUGUUGUAUAUUCGGAGAACAUUGUAACCCCAUUCUAGAUAAGUUCUGCUUGACAUUAAAGGAAUGUUCUCCUAACUUUAACACCAAAACAUGCUACGAAGGUUCUCCGAAGGUUUUUGUUAACAUAGAUAGAAUGUUCCCCUAACUAACGGAAAACUGGAAACUCAAACAUUACGGGAACAUUACAGGUAAUAUUACAAAAACGUUCUCUCUCCCUAGAAUUGAUAGCUGGGAUGGUGGAAGGCAAAGGUGUGCAAUGCCUUGUAGUUUAGUUUCUUUUUAAUGACUGUGUUUCUGACAGUAGGGAGUAUCCAUUCUCACCUUGGCUGACAGUAAUUGUACCUUCCCUUGUUUCUCUCUCUUUCAUUCUUUCAUUCAACUACAACUCCCUUAAUAGCUGAUCCCUGCCAGCACUACACCGUACUGAAUGAUGGCUGGCGUGCCACCAACAACAAUGUCAACGUUAAUGGCUACCACUGCGACAAGUAUGUCAACUGGCAGGGCUGGUAUCGCCUUUUCCUGGGGAACACCAGUGUUCAGAUGCCAGAGAGGUGUGUGGAGAGGUACAUGUGUGGGACUGCCUUCCCCAUGUGGCUCACAGAUCCCCAUCCCCAGCUGUCAGACGGGGUGGUUCAGAGGGGGGUCUGUGGGAGCUUUGCUGGUAACUGUUGCAUGUUAAGAGAAAAUCCUAUCCUUGUCAAAGCCUGCUAUGGAAACUACUAUGUCUACAAGUUUGUCCAUCCAACAGCGUGCAGCUUGGCCUACUGUGCAGGUAUGUACCAUCGUAAUGUUCUUGUCACUGACUUUUAAAGACAACAAUGCUUAAGACAAUAGUGUGUGGAAUUCUCUAUCAAGAAUGUUUAAGACAAUAGUGUGUGGAAUAACCUAACUAGUCACACCAAAUCCAUGAACCCCCCUUCCCCUCUGCUGUUCCAGACGUCAACACCAAGGUGUGUUCUACCUGUAGAAACGAUGAGACCUGUAUGAGUGACAACAAGAUCAACUGGAGGUGCAAGAGGAAAGGUGAGUGUUAAGAAAAACACAUCUUACUCCUCAGUGUAUAUACAGUAUGUUGUGUCAGGACCAUGGUGGAAGGCAAAGGUGUACAGUGUCUUGUAGUUGAGUUUCUUAAUGUCUGUAUUUUUGACAGUAGGGAGAACUCAUGCUCAUAUUGACUGAUAGUAACUCUAUACCUUGUUUUUUCUCUGUCUCUUUCAUUCUCUCUCCAUUCUCCCUCUCAGUCACCCUCCUCUCAUUUUACUCUCUCAAAGAGCAAUCUUCUACAGCUAUCCCUAAACCCACAACUACAACAACUACACUUGUACCAAAAACCACCACCACAACUAGAGUACUUAAAACUACCACUACAACUCGAGUACCUAAAACCACCACAACUAGAGUACUUAAAACUACCACUACAACUCGAGUACCUAAAACCACCACAACUAGAGUACUUGAAACUACCGCUACAACUCGAGUACCUAAAACCACCACAACUAGAGUACUUGAAACUACCGCUACAACUCGAGUACCUAAAACCACCACAACUAGAGUACUUGAAACUACCGCUACAACUCGAGUACCUAAAACCACUACAACAACUCGAGUACCUGAAACCACCACAACUAGAGUACUUGAAACUACCACUACAACUCGAGUACCUAAAACCACCACAACUAGAGUACUUGAAACUACCGCUACAACUCGAGUACCUAAAACCACUACAACAACUCGAGUACCUGAAACCACCACAACUAGAGUACUUGAAACUACCACUACAACUCGAGUACCUAAAACCACUACAACAACUCGAGUACCUGAAACCACCACAACUAGAGUACUUGAAACUACCACUACAACUCGAGUACCUAAAACCACCACAACUAGAGUACUUGAAACUACCGCUACAACUCGAGUACCUAAAACCACUACAACAACUCGAGUACCUGAAACCACCACAACUAGAGUACUUGAAACUACCACUACAACUCGAGUACCUAAAACCACUACAACAACUCGAGUACCUGAAACCACCACAACUAGAGUACUUGAAACUACCACUACAACUCGAGUACCUAAAACCACUACAACAAUUCGAGUACCUGAAACCACCACCACAACUAGAGUACCGGAAACCAUCACGAAAACUCGAGUACCUGAAACUACCACUACAACAACUCAGGUACCUGAAACCACCACUACAACAACUGGAGUACCUGAAACCAUCACCACAACUCAAGUACCUGAAACCACCACCAUAACUCCAGUACCUGAAACCAUCACCACAACUCUAGUACCUGAAAACACCACCACAACUCCAGUACCUGAAACCACCACCACAACUCAUGUACCUGAAACUACCACUACAACAACUCCAGUACCUGAAACCACCACCACAACUCCAGUACCUGAAACUACCACUACAACAACUCCAGUACCUGAAACCAACACUACAACAACUGGAGUACCUGAAACCACCACCACAACUCCAGUUACUGAAAUUACCACAACAACGCGAGUACCUGAAACCAUCACCACAACUCGAGUACCUGAAACUACCACUACAACAACUCGGGUACCUGAAACCACCACCAUAACUCCAGUACCUGAAACCAUCACAACAACUCUAGUACCUGAAACCACCACCACAACUCCAGUACCUGACACUACCACUACAACAACUCCAGUACCUGAAACCACCACCACAACUCGUGUACCUGAAACUACCACUACAACAACUCAAGUACCUAAAACCACCACCAUAACUCCAGUACCUGAAACCACCACCACAACUAGAGUACCUGAAACUACCACUACAACAACUCAAGUACCUAAAACUACCACUACAACAACUUGUGUACCUGAAACUACCACUACAACAACUCCAGUACCUGAAACUACCACUACAACAACUCCAGUACCUGAAACCACCACCACAACUCGUGCACCUGAAACUACCACUACAACAACUCAAGUAACUAAAACCACCACCAUAACUCCAGUACCGGAAACCACCACCAUAACUCCAGUACCUGAUCCACCACUACAACAACUCCAGUACCUGAAACCACCACCACAACUCCAGUAACUGAAACCACCACCACAACUCCAGUACCUGAAACCACCACCACAACUCCAGUACCUGAAACUACCACCACAACGAGUACCUAAAACUACUACAACAAUUUGAUUACCUGAAACCACCACCACAACUCGAGUACCUGAAAUGACCACAACAACUAAAGUACAUGAAACCAUCACAUUUACAUUUUAGUCAUUUAGCAGACGCUCUUAUCCAGAGCGACUUACAGUUAGCGAAUACAUAUAUAUUUUUUUUUAAACUGGCCCCCCGUGGGAAUCGAACCCACAACCCUGGCGUUGCAAACACCAUGCUCUAUCAACUGAGCUACAUCCCUGCCGGCCAUUCCCUCCCCUACCGACGCUGGGCCAAUUGUGCGCCACCCAUGAGUCUCCCGGUCGCGGCUGGCUGCGACAGAGCCUGGAUUCGAACCAGGAUCUCUAGUGGCAGAGUUAGCACUGCGAUGCAGUGCCUUAGACCACUGCGCCACAACUCGGGUACCUGAAACUACCACUACAACAACUCAAGUACCUAAAACCACCACCAUAACUCCAGUACCUGAAACCACCACCACAACUCCAGUAACUGAAACCACCACCACAACUCCAGUACCUGAAACUACCACCACAACUGGAGUACCGUGUGGCUCAGUUGGUAGAGCAUGGCACUUGCAAAGCCAGGGUUGUGGGUUCGAUUCCCACGGGGGACCAGUGUGAAAAUGUAUGAACGCACUACUGUACGUCGCUCUGGAUAAGAGCGUCUGCUAAAUGACGUGAAUGUAAAUGAGUACCUGAAACCAUCACCACAACUCGAGUACCUAAAACUACCACUACAACAACUUGUGAACCUGAAACUACCACUACAACAACUCCAGUACCUGAAACCACCACUAAAACAACUCCAGUAACUGAAACCACAACGAGUACCUAAAACCACUACAACAAUUAGAGUAACUGAAACCACCACCACAACUAGAGUACCUGAAACCACCACAACAACUCGAGUACCUGAAACUACCACUACAACAACUCGGGUACCUGAAACCACCACUACAACAACUGGAGUACCUGAAACCAUCACCACAACUCAAGUACCUGAAACCACCAACACAACUCCAAUACCUGAAACCAACACUACAACAACUUGAGUACAUGAAACCACCACUAAAACAACUUGAGUAUCUGAAACAACAACCACAACAACACCUGAACCCAAAACAACAGCACCUGUAGCUGACACAACAACGACGACGACUAAGACCACUACCACAGCAGCCCCUAAACCUGCAACAAAUACAUCAACUCACACCAUACCCGUCACCACCACCAAGGCAACACUAUCACAGCUCCAGAGCUGGUGUGUGGGCGGAGCCUGGUACAGGUGGGUCUCAACAGGGUUUACCUGGUGGCUGCUGGUCUGAACGCUUCCAUAGCUCACCUGGCUGACUCCAGUUGCUCCGCCCACCAGGAGGCUCACGGCACGGUGUGGUACCAGAUGGCGUGCAGGGAG